AUGUAUUAUAAAUUAUAAAUAUUAAUUUAAACUGCUAUAAAAAUGCUUACAUGGCGUGUCUAAUAAUGAGAUAUGGUUGUAAUCCUAUGCUAGAAAGUAGAAACAGUUAUAAAUUGUAUUUAUAGUGUGAUAAAAUGAGUGAUCCCCAACGUGGCCAACCUGUUACCGUCGUUGGAUUCCUCCUAAAAAUUGAACAAAAAAUUUAAUUGCUAUUCUGCCCCUCUUUUUAGCUUCGCUGUAUUUAAUCAUUUUUUUGUUCUCUCUCUGUCUUCCCGAUCGAUCGAUUUCUUCCGCCUAGGGUUUUUCUGCAUUACGAUCCCCCCCCCCCCCCCAUUUCACCGCAUUCCCCUCAUCAUUAACAAUCACAAUUGUAAUAGGGUUUUCGUUUCCCUCGGCUUGCUUCUGUGGCAUUUGCAGCUUUCUCCAUUGAAUUUUGGAUUUAGGGUUCCGAUUCCGAGUCUGACUUCUAAAAGUCGUCGAUUCGUCCUGGAAUUUCAGGCUUUCGGAGCCGCAGAGAUAGGGUUCUCCAUUUUGUCAUUUUCCCCAAGGAAAAAGAGAGAGAGAGACAGAGAGGUCAACGAAUUUUUGGUGGUGAGUUGUGGGCUGAGCCUGCAACCGUUGUUAUAAACUGGAGUUAUCGCAAUGUUGGGUGUGAAUCGUAGUGGCUUUAAUUUCUGUAGCCGUUUAAUCCACCUAGCUGAAUGGCAUCCAUUGGAAUAGCAAUGCUAAACAGGGCUUGAGGCCCUUCCGUUCCUCUCAUAUCAGCUAUUUGCAGGGUCAGCAGAGUGCAGAGAAAAGAGAAGUUAGUUAUUAGGAUAUUGGCUUUGGCCGUUUGAGGUGCGUCAGAUUGAUGCUGUGAUGGGAGAUUAUAAGAGUUUUUCAUUUUCCAAAAUGAUGGGCUGCUGUGGUUGCUUUGGAUUUGUCCAAAAACCAAGACCGCGUCGGGCUAAACGUAGCAUCAGUAAUCUUCUCUCCCAGGGGCUAUUAUUGGAUGGAGAAACUGAAGGUGAAGAGACAUAUAGUGGUGAUGUUACUAGUAACUGCACCAGUGGAGAUGAUAAUGAGGUGCAAGCUGUACGCAACCGUUCAGAGGAUAUUUUGAACUUCAGAGCUGAGAAUGGCAUGGUUUGCAGGCCGUUUCCUGUUAAGGAGACUUGCAAACUUGAUCGCUCAGAGGAUGAAAAUGGGAACAAGAUGAUAAAUGAAUAUGUUCGAGAGUAUAAAAUUGGUUGCGGAAGCUAUGGCAAAGUGGCUCUUUAUCGAAGUAGUGUUGAUGGAAAGCAUUAUGCAAUUAAGUCCUUUCACAAGUCUCACUUACAAAAGCUUCGAGUUGCACCAUCUGAGACUGCCAUGACUGAUGUUCUACGUGAGGUAUUGAUUAUGAAAAUGGUGGAACAUCCUAAUAUAGUCAAUCUCAUUGAGGUGAUUGAUGAUCCAGAGUCGGAUGACUUCUACAUGGUACUUGAAUAUGUGGAAAGCAAAUGGGUGUGCGAGGGUACAGGUCAUCCUUGUGCAUUAGGUGAAGAGACUGCUAGGAAAUACUUGCGUGAUAUAGUCUCAGGAUUAACAUAUCUCCAUGCUCAUAAUAUAGUGCAUGGGGAUAUAAAACCUGAUAAUCUGUUGAUUACUCGUCAUGGCACUGUAAAAAUAGGGGAUUUCAGUGUCAGCCAGGCAUUUGAGGAUGGCAAUGACGAACUUCGUCGAUCACCUGGCACUCCAGUUUUCACUGCACCAGAAUGUUGUUUAGGUCUUACUUAUCAUGGUAAAGCUUCUGACACGUGGGCAGUAGGAGUUACUUUGUACUGUAUGAUUUUGGGUGAAUACCCAUUUCUUGGAGACACACUUCAAGACACAUAUGACAAAAUAGUCAAUGAUCCUUUAGUUCUGCCAGAGGACAUUAACCCCCAGUUAAAGAAUUUAAUAGAAGGAUUACUAUGCAAAGACCCAGAACUAAGGAUGACAUUGGGCGAUGUUGCUGAGCAUAUCUGGGUUAUUGGAGACGAUGGGCCAAUUCCCGGGUACUUAUGUUGGUGCAAACGUAAGAGCAUGGUUACUGAAGAUUCUGAUGGGAGCGAUAUACUUGAUUGACCCACACUGAUUCUAAGUUGGAUUUCUUAUGUACAGUGAAAAGGCCCAUUAAUUUUUCCCCACGGAGACAUGUUAUGAUUGUAGAGGGAGUCUCCAAAGAAUCCUUGGGAAUUAAGAAAAUACAGCUCAUGUUGCCAACGAUAAGUAGUCAACUAAGUCAUGUUUAUUUUUGUGUUGAGGAGCAUUUUGUGUCUUCUACGGACUUAGAGGUCUUGUAUAUACAGCUCUUUCGCAUAGAAUGAGUUUUUUUUGUUUGUUUUUUUUAUUUCUCAAACACGUGCCGAAUUGUGUUCAGUUCAUACUCUUUAUACAUUCCUUGGAGUGUUUUUGUUAGCUUUGCUUUAACAUUCAAAGAAUUUGAUUA